AUGACGGGGACACCAAUUGCGACAAUGGUGGACUUUACGGGCGGCGCCUUGAACGCUGCCAUCCUCCAUGAGACUCCUAUUUUCACAUUUUCCAAAGAGCGACCAUUUCUCGCAUCCGACUUCCUAGCACCUCCGCCUGUCGCCGCACCCAAAGCAUGGGAGCGCGUCCCCGUUAUUGCUCUCCGCCGCUGCGGGCCGCGCCAGAUCUGGAAGCGCGUUGGUGGUCUGGUUAUUCCUCCACCCGUCGACCCCGCCUUCGUAGAGCUCGACAGUCGAGGCCGAGGACAGCGAAAGCGCGCGCGCACCGAACAUUACGUACCGACCUUUGCCAACUACAACGUCGACGAGAGAUACUAUGCCAUCCACAACGGAACCCCUGACCUGGCUGAGGCCAGAGCCUACCUUUCAGCAGCAGCAAGCUAUUUGGCCAGGGAAGCACCCGACCCUCGACUCGUGGCCAAGAUCCUAGCCCGACGCGCAUCCUAUCCCGAUGACCGCCUCAACUAUGUCCCGAGAAAGCGACACAACUCGCGCUGGCCCCUCCAGCAGCUGACGAACCCUACACGCAUGCUGGCUGAGAUGCAGCCGUACAUCGAGCUUAACGUCCCAGCAGAACCAGAGACGGUCGAACCGGCGCAUCAUAUCCAGGGCACGCAAUUGAUGAGGAGGUCGACACGGCGUGCUAGUAGCCGCCUAUCACUCAUCCCAUCGGAGGAUUCACCCAGCAGGAUGGACUUUUCCCCUAUUAAACCGCCAGUGUCCCGUAUCAUGUCGCCAGUCAAGCGAUCGCCCACCAAGUUAUCGUCCCCGAGAAAGGUCGCCGAGUCGCCACUACGAAAGUUUAGGGUCACUGCCACUCCUACGAAAGUCAUCCUCAAGCCCUCGAGGCUCAGUCUCUCGGCACAAACCCCCGUCAAGUCCACACCCCUCAAGUCUACGCCCAUCCGACCAGCAAGCGUGUCCGAAUCAGACAGCGAGGUUACUCCUGCGCAUCUUCUUCACCUGUCGCCUUUGCUCUUCGACCAGCCCAUCCCAGAGACACCGUCAGUUCCGGAACAUGAGAACAGGAGACGCAUCUCCUUGCUAUCGGCCAGGAGAAGUGAUGUUCGCCCCAGCUUCAUCACUAGGCUUCUCAAAGAGUUUGAGCGGGACGCCCCAGAACGACGCCACAGCUUCAGCUUGGCAGUCCAAGCCGUUGCGGAUGCCACCACCACUAGUCGCCGGAAUUCAGUAAACCCAUCGUGUAUCGGCUCCGAAGACGCUGCUGCGCGUGAGAACUCGGAGGACGCAACCGAGCAAAUCGACAAGCAAGAGCCGGUGCCACCUGCGCCUACACGGACAUUGGAGGUUGACGUCGGGACAAACCUGGAUAUCUUCGGCCAUCGGAGGAAAGAUGUCCGGCCGUGGGCACAAACCCCAACUCCAACCCGAACUGCGCAAAUACCUUUCGAGGAAUCUACCGUUACAUCCUCGCCUCUAAAGGCCGUUCACGGUGUUCCUCUACCCGUAGAGCCGGUUGGGUCCGCGCCUGCAGCCCCUUCAAUAGCGGUUUUCGAUAGUACCGUGGGUGUGACAAACAGCGAGAACGAUGCAAACUUGGCCCCUACACAGGAUUCUAGGGACCCUACCCCUGAGCCUACCUCACCCGACCAACAACCCGAAGGAGAGGAAUCACCCGCACCACUCAUUGUUGAGGAACCAACCAACACAGAAAUUGAAGCUAAUGAUGGCUUUGAGCCCUUGCAUCCCGAAGGAUUGUCUACCAUUCUCGAGGAAGAUUCCGUCCUGGAGGCAUUUACUCCUGUCAAACAUCACAACCUACCCACCAGAUCGUCGCCAAUGAAGCCUUCAAGCCCACUGCCUCUUGGUCAUGUAACUCUUGGAACGCCUGCGGUUGGAGCAUCAUCCCCCGCUGGUCUUCACCAGGAGGGCACAUCCCUUCAAGAGCUCCCCAGUGAGGCGCCUUCUAGCCCAACACCUUUCCGGAGACCCACGCCCGAGAAGUUCGGUUUCGGCGCGCAGCCAUCUGCUAAUUCUCAUCGGCGCUACUCUGCGGCGCAUGAACUGCUCACCGAAGUGCCCUCACCAGUACCAACUGCGGAGAAAUCUGCUGUCGGAGCGUUAUCCCCCGCUACCUCUCAGCAGGAAUCUGUUGAUACCGAGGAAGAGCUUGAAGGAAUGCCUUCGGAAAUCGAAGCAGCUCGCCAACCCACCCCGGAGAGCCACGACAAUAAUGCCUCCGCCCCUAUCGUUGCCGAUAAUGAUGAUAAGGUUUCUGAUGAUGUCCCGCAGGACAUGGCAUCUAGCCCGGCACUUGCUCAAGAGGCAACACCCGAAACAGCUGAAGUGUGCGCCUCGCCUGCUGUCUCAUCUCACCUAGAGAGCACCGCUCAGGAUGAGUCUGUUGAGGAAGUGACCUCUGGUCCCACAUCUCCUCACGAGGUGACGCCUGAGAUCGCGAACAUUGACGUCUCUUGUUCUGCUGUUAAGGAGGACGGCAAUGACGACCAGCCGUCGUCUGAGGACGCAGUUCCUCCUUCAAGUCCCGCUCAACAAGCAAACUCCUCACCGUUGGUUGCUGACGAAGAUACCAUCACUGUUGAGACUGGAUCGCCCCGUUCAGCCACACCCAUGACCUCAAUUUCCGAGGCGCCGGUUUCUCCCACCGCUGACGUGGAAGACAGCACUUCAGAAGAAAAAGCUGAAGAUACGCCGGCUGCUCCUUCACUGGCAUCUCCAAUCCGGUCCGACUAUUCUGUGGGGCGUGAUGAGAUUGAAGAGCACAAAGAGGAGCCACCGGCAGAUGAAACCCCGAUACAGGGCGAGAAUGAUGACGCUGCUCGCCCAAUUGAGCCUAACAGCCCUUGUAACAAUGGGCAGGCAUGUCCCGAACCAGCUUUGUGUCCCGAGGAGCAAUCGUCACCCAACAGUGAACCCACCUCCGAGGAUGACAUUACAUUGACCAAAAACUACGUUGCUGCGGCGGAAGAUGUCAUGGCUGAGUCUCAUUCGUUGCCCCAGAGUGGUGGUGUGGGAGACAAUGGAGAGACUGAUUCGUCAGCCUCCUUUGUCGACUCCUUUAUUCCAAAGGACAAGGAUGCCAACGAGCUUACUGUUCCGCCUGCUGAGGAUAAAGAGGAUGAAACCUCUGACACAUCAUCGGUGAUGGACCACGAUGAAUCUGCUGACCGUUCAAUGUCUGUCGAACAGGCUACCAUUGACGAAGUAUUACCCUCCAGCGCAGAUGCGCUUGAAGAUUCCAGCACCUCCCAGAUUCGUGACCCUACCCCUGAAGAGGAGAGCGAUUCCAUAGAAGCCGCGCCUACAGAGUCAGAAGACGUCAGUGGCGCACAGGAAGAUUCCCCAGAAAGCUCGACAUCGUCUCCUGGCAAUUCCGACGACGAAAACAGCGGCGACGAAAUUGAGGGUGACGAAAUCGAGGUUGUGGAACAAGUUGGGGCGGAAGACUCGUUGAUAAGCGAUGAUGAGGACGACGUGUCUUUGAUUACUGAGCAGCCCAUCCGCGUCGAAAACGAUACUCUGUCGUUGCGGUCUCUGCACGAAGAAUCUGAGACGGAUAUGAUCCGGAAGUUCAUCAGCAAAGUCGCCGCCGAUAAGAGUGCCAAAGCAGCCGCUGCAGCUGAACUUGAAAACAGAAGCCCACCCCAGGCUGAUUCCGACUCCCCCGCUGAGGACUUUGAAACUCCUCCCAAGAGAACGCCCCUUAGCGAGAAGAGCCCCAACAGCCCCAGCCCGACCAAAAAGCGUAAGCUUGACGAGCUGGCCGAUGAGCCCGGCAAGGAGGAGUCCCCCAAAAUGGCUGGAGAGAGUCCUGUGACCCGGACGGUGAAGCGCCGGAAGGCGUUGGUUGAGAACUCCGAACCUCCUACUGAGGAGGGUGAUGAUUCGGAAGGUGCUCCUCGCCGGUCUUCGCGCCAACGCAAGACCCUUAUCAACCUUAAGUCUGCCCCGUCCGCCAACUCGAUCGCCAAAUCCACCAUACCAGUGCGCAUGCCCGGGAUGGAGAUGAUGGAUACGGUCAGAGCGCGUAACGACCAGAAGGAUGUGGCUGCCGUCACGAGAUACAAUACUCGGAAGAACAAGGGCAGCGCUUUGUUCCCGCAGGUCGUGCUCAAGAAGAUGGAGAAAAUGAACAAGCAAGGGAAGGAAUAUGUCUACAGCUCUAGUUCCGUUGUAAACAACAAGGCGUCAGAGACUGAGAAGAAAAAGAAGAACAAGGGGGUUCGGUGGGCAGAAACUCUGGCUAGGUUCCAGGAUGAAGCAUCGGCGCCCGUUAACUCCAAAACCCGAGCUCUUUCUAGCUCCCUCCUUGCCGAUGUCCUCAAGGCCGAUGCCGCUCUUGACGACGAUAUCGAUGAGCUUGCUGAUGAGCCAGUAGUGAGCUCCAAGAAGGUUAGCACUCCCAGGGUGCUCAAAACUGCAAAGAGCCAGAUUAAGAGCAGGACCAAGAUCGCUCCGGAGGCUACCACCUCUAAACCCUCCAUCCCCAAGCCAAGGAAGGUCGCCCCUCCACCACCGACCCCUACCACAAGGAGAGCUGCUGCCGCCCCGUCCAUUCCCGCUCCCGCUCCUACCCCCACAAGGAAAGUACUACCGACACCGGCACCGAAACCCACCACCUCAAUUCACAAGGUAACCGCUCCACCAAAGCGUGCCACCCGGUCCGGCAAGUCACUCGUCCCGACGCCUAUCAAGUCGACGCCCGCCGUGAAGCCGAAAACUACGGUUCCCGCCGCCCCGCCACCACCUCUUCCUGCACCCCACCGCGGUCCCGGCAGGCCGAGGCUGAAUCUGGCGUCUUCGACCACAACCUCUACCCCUAUCAGCAACAAAGUCAACAAGACACCUGCUGCGACCAGUAAGACGGUCGUUACUGCUGCUGCUAGACGGGCGAGCAGGGUUGCUGCGGGGUUGGGGAUGAGUGUCAAUGGGACGCCGGCGCCGAAGAGGAGGGGGAGGAGUGCUUCUUGA